UGCCGCUGCGCUGCCAUAUCUCACUCAUUGGACAUAAAUAAAAUUAUUAAUACACAUAAAAACCGCACAAAUAACAAAGAAUAUGGCCAAAAAUGUGAAGAAACUUACAUUGGCCGGCAAAUUAGCUAAACAGGGUGCCGUAAUACAGCCAACUACAACAAUGAAGAGGGAAACUAACAGUGUGCGGGAUAUUGAGGAUUUGGUCGGAGGAGGUGCAGCACCGUCCACUGGUCCACUAUAUUUUUCGCCCAUACAAACACGAAAACAGCGCUUGCUGAAUGGCGAGGCCAUUAGAAAAACAGCAGCCAAGGAGGAGGUUUUGGCUGCUUCUCGAGUGCCCCAAAAGAAAAAGCGUUCACUUGCAGAUAAUCAACAGAUUUCCUUGGAUUCUGGUGCUCAGGAGGCGCCUUCCAUACUGAACGAAGCUACAAUAAAGAAGGAAACUAAGCCAAGGAUUAAGAAAGAAGUUGAACCGAGAAAACCAAAGAAAGUAGAGGAACAGAUACAGAAGGAACGUAAACCAGAAACAAAAAUGGAAAUUGAUCCUAAGGUAAACCAAGACGUUGUGUCGCCCCAGUCAUUGUGGUAUCGUCAGUUGGAGAAUAUUCGUUCUAUGCGGAGUCUAAAUGCCGCCCCUGUGGACUCAAUGGGCUGUCAUCAAUGUGCCGACACAAGUGCUGAUGCGAAGACACAACGAUUCCAGAAAUUGGUGGCUCUGAUGCUUUCCAGUCAAACGAAAGAUCAAACCACCUACGAGGCCAUGAAUCGUCUCAAAGCGCGCACACUUACACCCGACAGCUUGAAGGACAUGCCAGUUGGUGAGCUGGAGACCCUUUUACAUCCCGUGUCCUUCUAUAAGAACAAAGCCAAGUACCUUAAACAAACCACACAGAUACUGAUCGACAAGUACGAUGCGGACAUACCGGACAAUGUCAAGGAGCUGAUAGCCCUGCCCGGCGUAGGACCCAAAAUGGCCCACAUCUGCAUGGCCGUUGCCUGGGACAAGCUGACGGGAAUUGGCGUCGAUGUUCAUGUGCAUCGCAUAUCCAACCGCUUGGGCUGGUUACCACGCCCCACCAAGGAGCCGGAGCAGACCCGUGUUGGUCUGGAGAGCUGGCUACCCUCGACGCUCUGGGCGGAGGUCAAUCAUUUGUUUGUGGGAUUCGGUCAAACUAUUUGUACACCACUGAAGCCAAAUUGUGGGCAAUGCUUGAACAAAGAUAUUUGUCCAGCAGCCAAAGUGGGGGCCACUCCCACAAAGAAAGGUGAUAGGUAGGAAGAAGACUUCAAGUCCACAACUACAAUGCCAAUUUAAUGUUUCCACAAAAGCAAAGCAUUUCAAAAAUUAAAUGCAAAUAAUUAAAAGUA